AUGGAGAUAGUGGAUAAGAUUGCGGAGCCUGAAGACCCUUUGGUGGUCACUGCUCGGAAGGUGCAGAGCCUGGAGCCGCCACUGCCGAUUCCGAUAAAGGCGUCAUGGAAAGGGAAGACCUCCCAGCAGCAGGAUGAGAAGGAUCUGCCAGAUGAUGGCGAGGAGAGCUUCCAGAGCGUGGAUUCCUCGGAUGAGGGUGGCCGGAGUUCUUUCUCUGGGGCCAGUCACCCCCUCGAGCCAAUUGAUAUGGAUCUUAUGAAGACGGUGUAUGUCGCAAUUGAUGAGGAGAAGCCUGAGCCGCCGGUGUGUAUGGUGCGAGGACUAUCAGCGAAAGGGCCAUUCAUGGAUGACCUCUCGCUCCGUGUCACAGGCCUGAAGGCAAAUGCAGUAGUCUGUGCAGGCAGUGGUGAAGGCUUGCCCGAGGAGAGGAAGGUGUCUGGUGCUGCAGUGGCGUCGUUGGCCACGGCGCGCUCGUCACAGGCUACGGAAACUGUGUCCUUGCCUCCAGAUUCGGAGGAGAAAGACUGUGUCUGGGAUGCAUCGCUCCCUCCCAGCGGCAAUGUCAGCCCUCACAGCAGCAUUGACAGCAUGGGGGUGGUCACUGCCAUGAGCAUCGCGAGCAACCGCAGUAAUAACACAUACAAAAGUGAAGCCAUAGCUACUGGAACCAUGCUUACUGUAGAGAGGAACUUUGGAAGUGUAAAGAGUAGUGUUCGAGGUGACUCUUUAGAAAGUGCAAAAACAAGCAUGAGCCGAGCAAGUGACAGCAGUGGUGUUAGCGACGAUAGCAGCUGGAGCCAUAUCACUGGAGGUACCAGUAAGCCUCAUAAGGGGAAUGAUCCCAGAGGAAAGGCGAUUCAUGCUGUGCGGAUUCGAGAUGGCGUGCUUGGGAUGAGCCACUUUAGACUGCUCAAGCGUCUAGGCUGUGGUGACAUUGGCAGCGUAUACCUCUCAGAGUUGAGUGGGACUAGGUGCUACUUUGCAAUGAAAGUAAUGGACAAGGCAUCCUUGGCCAGCAGGAAGAAGUUGAAUAGGGCUCAAACUGAGAGGGAGAUCCUGCAGCUUCUGGAUCAUCCAUUCCUACCAACUCUGUAUACACAUUUUGAGACUGAUAGGUUCUCGUGUCUGGUCAUGGAAUUUUGUCCGGGUGGUGACUUGCACACUCUGCGACAGAAACAGCCAGGAAAAUAUUUCUCCGAGUAUGCAGCAAGGUUUUAUGCUGCAGAAGUUCUUCUAGCUAUUGAGUAUCUGCACAUGCUGGGAGUCGUUUACAGGGACCUGAAGCCAGAAAAUGUUCUGGUGCGUGAUGAUGGCCACAUAAUGCUUUCAGAUUUCGACCUCUCCCUGAGAUGUGCAGUGUCACCUACACUAAUCAGGACAUCGGCCUUUGAUUCUGAUCCCAGAAGGGCGGGUGGUUCAUUCUGUGUGCAACCUACUUGCAUGGAGCCUACUUCAGCCUGUAUUCAGCCAGCUUGUUUCAUGCCCAAAUUGUUUGGUCAGAAGAGCAAGAAAAAGACCAAAAAGACAAGGUCUGACCUUGGACAGAGUGCCAUCAACCUGCCCGAGCUCCUCGCAGAACCAACAUCAGCUCGAUCCAUGUCAUUCGUUGGGACUCACGAGUACUUGGCCCCAGAAAUCAUCAAAGGCGAAGGCCAUGGAAGUGCGGUCGACUGGUGGACCUUUGGUAUCUUCUUGCACGAGCUUCUAUACGGCAAGACACCAUUCAAGGGGUCAGGCAACCGCGCCACGCUGUUCAACGUGGUCGGUCAGCAGCUGAAGUUCCCCGAGUCGCCGUCGACGAGCUACGCCGGCAGGGACCUCAUCAGGGGGCUCCUGGCCAAGGAGCCGCAGCAGCGCCUCGGCGUGAAGAGGGGCGCGACGGAGAUCAAGCAGCACCCCUUCUUCGAGGGCGUGAACUGGGCCCUGAUCCGAUGCAGCACGCCCCCCGAGGUCCCAAGGCCCGUCGAGGCCGAGCUGCCGGUGAAGUACGGGGUGUCGGAGGCGGUCGCGAGCACCAACAAGAGGGUGGUCGGCGCGGACGCCAAGUCCGGCGGGAAGUACCUUGACUUUGAGUUCUUUUAG